AUGCCAGCAAGAAUUCCACAUGUGUUCUUCAAAAAUGGUGCCUCCGUACCGGUGUUAGGCCUCGGCACAUGGAACUCACCACCGGGACAGGUUACUCAAGCGGUGAGAGAUGCGAUCCUCGUCGGCUAUCGACACAUCGACUGUGCUCAUGUGUACGAGAACGAGCACGAAGUAGGCGCUGGUAUUGCUGCCAAAAUCGAUAAAGGAUACGUCAAGCGUGAAGAUCUAUUCGUGACGAGCAAACUGUGGAAUACGUUUCACCGGCCUGACCUAGUGCAAAGCGCACUGAAAGUGACGCUUCGCAAUCUUAACCUCAAAUAUCUCGACCUGUACCUUAUCCAUUGGCCGCAAGCCUAUCGCGAAGGUGAUGAACUGUUUCCAUUGCGACCAGAUGGAAAGCGUGUUCAUUUUUCGGACGUUGACUACGUCAAUACUUGGCCCGAGAUGGAACGACUGGUAGAUGCGGGCCUCGUGCGCAAUAUAGGGCUUUCCAAUUUUAACGUCAAGCAAGUGCAGCGUAUCCUGGAUGUGGCUAGGAUCGCUCCCGUAACCAAUCAAAUCGAAUGCCACCCUUACUUACAUCAGGACGAGCUGAGGGAGUUCUGCAACGAGCAGGAAAUCAUCAUAACGGCUUACAGUCCACUCGGAUCACCGGCACGGCCCUGGGCGAAGCAGGAUGACCCUAUCCUGAUGCAGGAUCCCAUGGUGAAAAAGCUUGCCAAGAAACACUCCAAAUCGCCUGCCCAGAUCCUGAUACGCUAUCAGAUUCAGCUGGGAAAUUUAGUUAUACCGAAAUCGGUCAGCAAACAGCGCAUCGCUGCCAAUGCAGAUGUUUUCGAUUUUGAGCUGGGCGUGGACGAUAUGAUACAACUAGCAGCACUGGAGCGGAGUGGACGCAUCUGUCCGGAGUCCUUCAGCUUCGGCCAUCCUCACCAUCCUUUUGAAGAAGAAUUCCGUAAAGGUCGUUAGUUAUAUAUAU